GCAUUCGCCGCCCGGUCCCCGUGGAGCACCUUACCGCGCUGCCUCCCCUCCUCUCUCCUCCCGCUCUCCAUUUAUUUCGGGUGGUUCCGGUUGAUCCAGGAUCUGGCUGGAGCUGGAGGGAUGCUGUGCCAAUAAACUGCCCGCCGCCCGCAGAGUGUAAAUAAUCGCAUUCGCAGGCUCUCGUCCGAUUGCAUCGCGCUGAUUUUCCUUUUCAAAUUUUUAAUUUCCGACUGUUUUAAUCUUCGUCAUUGCCACUUCUAACAUUUUAACCCAUACUUUCGCUUUGGAAAUUCAAGUGGAAAUUUUUUUGUGCUCGAGUCUCACGCUUUUAAGUUGAACAGCAAUGGCUCAUCUGAUUGGGAAGCCAGCUCCUAGUUUUACUACCACAGCCGUACUGCGACAAGAGUUUCACAAUGUCUCUUCAGAAGACACAAGGGGCAAAUUUCUUGUGCUCUUCUUCUAUCCGAUGGAUUUCACUCGAGUGUGUGCAUCAGAAAUAGCAGCUCUUUCAGAACAGAUUGCAGAAUUUGAGCAAAGGAGUUGCAAAGUUCUAGCUAUAUCGUGUGACAGCCAUUUUACACACUUAGCUUGGAUUAAAAAAUUACUUGACGAGAAAGAUUUAGUUGAUGUUAACAUUCCACUCUUGGCAGACAAAAAUGGUAAAAUUGCCAGAGAUUAUGGAAUUUAUAAUGAUGAGCAAGGAGUCUCGUCGAGAGCUUUCUUUUUGAUCGACAAAAUGCAGGUUGUACGUGAUAUGUCUAUUAAUGAUCGUCCUGUUGCCCGGUCUGUAGAAGAGCUGCUUAGACUCAUAGACAUUCUAGGAUCAGAGGACAAAAAUGAUGAAACUGAAUCAGAAAAGAGAGGAUUGAAGCGCCCUUUGGUAAGUGAAGAUGAAAGUGGAGCCCCAGUCAAGGCAAGUAAGACAUCUGACGAAGCAACUAUUUCCUGAAACUUUUAUAAUUUAUUUCAAUGCUGCAACAUUGUUUCAAUCCCUGUGAGCAUAACAUUUACUUAAUACCGUUGUAACUGGAGGCAAUAAAACUAAUCAUAUAUAUCUUUA